AUGCCUAUUGCACCUAUCACUGGCAGACUUAGGAAGAGACUUUGGCUCGACCUCUCCGUCGCCCUUGGUCUCGGCGUCACUUCUGCUUAUGCAUUCUGGUACGGCACACACCUUAAGGCUGUGCAAAAACAGGAGGAGUUCUAUCUGAGGUUGGAGCGGGCAAGAACGCAGGCACAAUGA